AACAAAUGAUUUGGGAAAUAUCCAAUAACAAAAAACAAAAUAUUAUUAAAAAGAUUUCUUUGUGAAACCAAACAAAAGUAAACCGAAUCCACCUUCAAUUCGAGAUGGACGUAAGCGCUCAGAUAUCCACAAACUGGAACCUUAUUGCAGGCACAGAAGUUUCCAAGGUUGUCCAAAAUAAAAUAACAAAUACAGAAGACUUUAUCAAACCAAAUUUAGAAGAAAUAUUAGCUGCAGAACGAGCAAUACUCCUAAAUAGUGGAUCUCAAUCAAAUCAACCCACCUGUGAACUUACCAUUCGGGUUUUUCCAAAGUUCAAAAUUGAUUCACUGACUGUGAUUUGUACAUCGCCAAAAAUCGAAUUCUUCUCUGGAAUUCAGAGUGAAUACGUAGAAACAGUGUAUGGAGAACGUUUGGAAGACGAAGAUGACUCCAAUGACGACGUCCAAGGAUACAGAUAUGAUGUUGAAAUACAGAAAUCGGGGGUAACGAACUUGAUGCUCAAGCUGAUAACUGCCUCCAAUGAACUUUGUGUUUAUGGAAUUCAAUUGAAUGUUGCACCAAACCCAAAUGGUAUCACAACUCUGUUACCGAACAGAAUAAAUCUGGACAAUGUCAAAGAAUUACUCAACAAUUCAAAUCAGAAAUUAUCACCAAGUGCAGAAAAGUGCAAGUCUUUCUUGGAAACAUACAACAAUGUUAUGAACAGUGGUGGUUCGGAUUUAAUAGCUAAAUUUAAGAACAGCAUGGAUCUGCAAAAUGAACUGAAAACAAUUCCUGCCUUACCCUUACCACUGACAGAGACAAUAAACGAUAACUCACAUAUUAUAAGUUAUAUUGACAAAAAGGUCCAGGAAUCUGAAAACCGAAUUCUCAAAAGAUUGGAUGAAAUUGAAGAAACUCAAAACUUAAAAUUGGAUAGAAUAUUAAAAUUGUUGGAAAAUAAAGCAAUAAUUAGUAACGAUUAGUUAAAUUAGUUUUCUUUGUGGGAAAUAUACUUAUGAGCCAAGAGAA